AAAAUGGGGAAUAAGAAGAUAAAGGAAGAUGAUAAAACCGAGAGGACGAUUCGGGCUCUUCUCAAACUUCCCGAGAAUAAAAGAUGCAUCAAUUGCAAUCUUUUGGGUCCCCAAUAUGUUUGUACCACUUUCUGGACUUUUGUUUGCACCACCUGUAGUGGAAUACAUAGGGAAUUCACUCAUAGGGUUAAAUCGGUAUCAAUGGCUAAAUUUAGUGAAGAAGAAGUGAAUGCUCUUCAAGCAGCAGGAAAUGAGCGGGCAAGACAAAUUUAUUUCAAAGCAUGGGAUCCUCAACGUAAUUCUUUACCUGAUGGCAGUAAUCUUCAUCGACUCCGAGAUUUCAUCAAGCAUGUCUACCUGGAGAGGAAAUACACUGGGGAGAGGCCUGACAGGCUUCCGAGUCUGAGAUUGGGGCACAGGGCGGGUUCCUCUGAAAGCAGGAAGUUCAGUGUAUUUAGUGGUAUAUCCAAAAGUCCACUUUAUGAAGAUUCACAUGAGUGGAGUUCUAAUGAGGGAUCUAGUCCUGCUGGAAGAAGUGAUGCUGUUAGGGGUUACUAUACUGAGAGAAGUAGUCCUCGAUUUGCCCAAGAAAAUUCAAGAUAUGGAGGUUUCCGUAGAAACCCUCUGUGUAUCGAGAUUGUUGAUAACAGGCUCCGAUCAGAUGGUUGUGGAAGUGCCAGGCGACAAAAUAAGCACAGCUUUUCACAUAGAGAACCUGUGGCCCGAAGCGGGUCAUCCGACCAUCAAAAGAACAUGGGCAGGUCCGUUUCUCCAGUGGUGCGCCCAGUUAGAGAUAUUUUGGGGGAAAGUGCUCCUACCCUACACGUGGUUGAACAUUCAAAAGCAAAUGCUGGGAAGGAUCCUGAUGGUUCCGCUAUAAACCAGAAGAUUGCAUCAUCUGGUGGCAUGGAAAGUUUGAUUGAUUUCGGUAUGGAUUCUGAGCCCUCCAAUGCUGUGGCAGCACCAGAUACGCAGCAAAUCCCUCCAUCAAGAGACGCUGGUGACCAGUCCUCAGAUGAACUCUCUUCAAAGGACAAAGCACCUCCUGCCUCCAGUGCAAAUUCUCUGGAAUUUUUACUGUUUGAUCUGUCAACUCCAUCUGUGGAACCUGUUGAUAAUGUCUCCGCUGUGCCAGGUACCACAGAAGCUCCAUCUACUGCAUCUGGACAGAACAUUUCUGUGGACAGUGUUUCUCCAGCAGCACCUGCAGAACAGAUUUUGGCAUUGACAAGUAUUGGCUCUUCAACAAUGCCACCAGUUAUAAAUGUCCUACAAAAACCGUCCAAUGCAGGCCCUCUUCAAGCCACAACUCACAUUAAUGGUGACUACAGAGUCAGAGCUCCUGAGGGGCAGCAAAAACAUCAGUUUUUUAUGUUCUCUGUUUCUGAUAAUUGCUUUACUUCACAACAAAGUAAUACAACAGUUGAAGCAUCACAUAGCCAGCUUGGUACUUCAUUGCUCAUGCUUAAUGCACAACAAUCUUCCAAUGUAUCAAUUGAACAAUCAUUUCAAGCCCCCUCAAAAUCAGCUGAAGAAACAAGUUACAAAGAUGGAGCACAGUCUCUUUCUGCAGAAACAAAGUCUAGUGGAAGAAAGGAACUUCCGGAGGACCUCUUUAGUACAAGCUAUGCAUCAGCCGCUGCAGCAGUUCCAGGUUGGCAAUAUGGUCUACAACAUGGAACGGGAUUUGGCAUGCAGUAUUAUCCUGAUGCAGUGCAUGCAGCAGCAUUUCCAAGCACUGCAAAGGCAAAUCCAUUUGAUCUUAACAGUGACACGACACCAGAGCAAGCCCCAUCAUUUCCUUCAAUGGCAUAUUUGCCAGGAGCCCUCCCUAGUGUUCAAGUUCCUACUGGCUUGCCAGAUACAACCGGUUUUGAUGCCCAUUCUUCAGGAAUGGCAUCUCAUUCAUCAUAUCUUGCAUCUUUGAUGACUCCGGAGUCACCUUUCACAUCAGCUAUGCCUUCUGAUGCAUACAUGGGAGAUCAAUCACACAUCGGUGUGCCACCUUCCAGAUCACAAGUAAUUGGUGGCUUUGGCAGUGAUGAAUUUAGUUGGGGCUCUGUAUGUACAACUCAGGAACCUACAGGUGGACACUCAGCAUCUAGUUCUCCACUCUCUUUUCCUAAGAUGGGAGCAAAUCCAUUUGGAUAAAGGAACAAAAUAAAAACCGGGUCCUGCUUCCAUUUUUUACUUUGAACCUCCAAAAUCCCAAAGCAUAAGUCAGACUUCUUUCUGGUUGAAAAAUCGAAAAGAAAAGUUGCAUGAUUGAUGAUGU